UCCCAGAUGGGGGCAAUGACACUGCACACGCUGCUCCUGCUGCUGGCGGCCGCCCUGGCCACGACCCAGACCCGCGCGGGCUCACACUCGAUGCGGUAUUUCUACACCGCCAUGUCCCGGCCCGGCCUCGGGGAGCCCUGGUUCAUCUCUGUCGGCUACGUGGACGACACGCAGUUCGUCUGCUUCGACAGUGACACGGAAAAUCCGAGGAUUGAGCCGCGUGUGCCUUGGCUGGAGCAGGAGGGGCCGGAGUAUUGGGAGUGGGAGACAUGGAUCGCCAAAAGCUGGGAGACGGCUUUCCGAGAGAGCCUGAGGAUCCUGCGCGGCUACUACAACCAGAGCGAGGGCGGCUCUCACACUUACCAGUGGAUGUAUGACUGUGAGAUGAGGUCGGACGGGAGCUUCCUCCGAGGGUCUCAUCAGUUCGCCUACGAUGGCCGCGAUUACAUCGCCCUGAACGAAGACCUGGAAACGUGGACGGCGGCAGACAUGGCGGCGCAGAUCACCCGACGCAAGUGGGAGCAGGAUGGUGAUGCAGAAAGUCGCAAGGCCUACCUAAAGGGGAGGUGCUUGAAGUUGCUUCGCAAAUACCUGGAGCUCGGGAAGGAGAUGCUGCUGCGCACAGAUCCCCCAAAGGCACAUGUGACCCAUCACCCCAGACAAGAAGGUGAUGUCACCCUGAGGUGCUGGGCCCUGGGCUUCUACCCUGCUGACAUCACCCUGACCUGGCAGUUGAAUGGGGAGGACCUGACCCAGGACAUGGAGCUUGUGCAGACCAGGCCUUCAGGGGAUGGAACCUUCCAGAAGUGGGCAUCUCUGAUGGUGCCUCUUGGGAAGGAGCAGAAUUACACAUGCCAUGUGUACCAUGAGGGGCUGUCUGAGCCCCUCACCCUGAGAUGGGAGCCUCCUCCAUCCACUGACUCUAAUAUGGUGAUCAUAGCUGUUCUGGUUGCCCUUGGAGCUGUGGCCAUCAUUGGAGCUGUGGUGGCUUUUGUGAUCAAGAGGAGGAGAAACAGAGCUUUUCUUCUCACAGGUGGAAUAGGAGGAGACUAUGCUCCAGCUCCAGCAUGAAGACAGCUGCCUGGAGUGGACUGAGUGACAGACAGUAUGUUCAUGUCUCUCCUGUGACAUCCAGAGCCCUCAGUUCUCUUUAGACAUCAGUGUUUGAUGUUCCCUGUGAGCCUAUGGGCUCAAUGUGAAGAACUGUAGAGUCCAGUUUGCCCUUGCACUCCAGGGCCUUGUCCAUGCACUGCUUGUAUUCCUUUCCACAGCCAAUCUGUCUAAGGGGCAUCUGCAUCCUGUCAGCUCCAUGCUGCCCUGAGCUGCAGCUCCUCACUUCCACCUGAGAAUAAGAAUCUGAAUGUGAACUUGAUUGUUAACAUCUUGACUUGAGAGUUGAUUGCUUGUUAGUUUCAUGGAUUGAAGAUAUUUAAAGUUUGUUUUGUUUUUUGGGUUUUUUUUUUUUUUUUGAAGAAAUAAAUGGCAGA